CCUGUCCUUACAUCAGCCUGAUUGGGGGAGCCGGGGGCGGAAUGGAUAUUAAAUGGUUUAUUAUGCAAGUCAAUCACUCCCAUCCUUUGACCAGCCCUGCGUGCUCCAGAUAGACUCUGCUACGGCUUCUCCCUUCCGAUAGCUUGACCUGUCAUUUCUACCGGGGAGGAACCGCAGCAAAGAGCUCGCAACCCGACAAUGAUGAACAUGAGAACUCAGCUCUCUCGAAAAAAUCAGCACCAAUUCCUAAAGUGGCAGCAUCCAGAGCACAAUCAUAACAAGCAUAAAGUCUGUCGAGGAAGAAGCGUGUGUAUUUAUAAGACCUGACAAGUGGCGGCUCAUAGAUGACGAUGAUGACAGAAGCGUCUUGUUCUAUUCUCUACCCUCCUGGUCCUGUCCAGCUAUCGGGGCCAGAGAUGGAGGCCUGGUUGGAUGAUCUGGAGAGUAUUCUGUUCCCUUUACCUUCAGAAAAAACAUUGGAAGACAACAGAAAGUUCAACCAGUCCCCUCUUAUUAACCAGCUCGGAUCGGAUUCUCAAGAGUACUGCAAUCAGUCUCCACUCUUUUGGCCUCUGGAGAACGAAGUCUCUGGCAGUCUCGUUUCUAACAGCGGAAAUGUCGCCCAACAACACAAUGAACUUUGCGACCUGUGCCCGGCUGGUCAGUCAGCUGAAAUCUGCGACCUAUUCCCGAUUGAUGACGUGGAGAUUGAUGGCAAGCUGUGGGAAUCUGACCCCAACGCUGAACAGGAAGAGCAGCAGCAGCAACAACAGCAGGGAGUAGAGUCUCUGUCCGAGCCCGAUUCGGCUUCCAGCUGCUGUUUGCCGACGGCGGAAAAGUGCCAAGACUCGCUGAGCAAAUGCGGAGCCAAGAGACGGAGAACAGGAGGCUCUGGAGGGGGCAAGGUGAGCCGCCCGGCGAAGCAGACGGACUCGGAGAAUCUGGUGCAGGAGUUGAUCGAGGAAAACAAGCGACUGAAGGAUCAGAUCGAGCAUUUGGCCGCGGAGGUGCAAAGGGUUCGGAGAGAACUGAUUGAAAAAGUAGUGGCGUCAAGUUAAAAGACGUCCCUUUUAUAUAUGACCCAAGCGAAGGGUCUACGGUUACUUCACCCGGUGUCCAUCCAGCUCCCGUACGGCUAAGGUUAUGAGAGGAACUAGUUUUCUCUGUCAGGCCCGAGGGAGUGCUACCCUAGCUGUCUUGUUCUGGUGAAGUUGACCUUCUGUGGAGAUUGAGGAGCAGAUUCGCACUGAGAGGAUGAUGUUGAGACGUAACAGACCCCGGUUAGUUGCUAACGGCAAUCAAUUCUGCAAGAGUUCAAAACCCCUUUCCAAUCUCCGACCCCCAUUCACUCGGCAGACUCAGCUUUCGAUCCACAGUGCUCGGUCACUGCAAAUAACGUGUCGGUUCCUGAAUACGCUUCUGUGGUCCGUUUCUAUUUCCCCACCCCCCACACCUUCCUCCAUCACCCACUCCUUCCCUCCACGGAUCCCCUUCAUGAUCCAAUUCUCCCAGUGGAUCGACUUCAAGGUGCUCCUGUUGCUGACCUCUGCAAUCUCCCCAGCCUUCUCCUCCGUCCACUAACUCCAGUCCGUCCCUCGCAAGCUCUUAAAUUUUUUUGUAGCUUGAUUUCGAGAGGAGUAUUGAAGGGUUUGGAGGAGUGAGCAGUAAAGCAAGAUGAGAUCAGAUGGUUUGUUUGCGGUGCAGACUCGAUGGGCUGUAUGGCCUGUGGCCGUACUGUAAUGUUUUGACGGUUUGCGCAGUGUCGUAGUACGAUUCUGAACGUUAUUCGGAAGCUCUGAGGUUUCAGCUCGGAAGCCAGGCGGUCAAUGGAACGUAGUGAUGUAUUUGUAGAAGCAUGAUUGGAAAUCGAUGUCUUAAUGAGUUGGUGCUGUACUAUUCCUCACCUGAAAAUGACUGCUUAUCCGGUUAAUUAAUGACGUUAGUUGUUUCAUCUUCCUAUGUGAUCUUGUAACAGAUUUCAGCAUGUUUAUCUUAAAUGUAUACUGUUACCGGCUUUGCUAGAGUCCUGUGCUCGGUGUUUAUGCAAAAUUUUGUCCAUCAUAUUUAAUGUAAUUUUUAUACUCUUUAAAAUAGAUUGAUUUAAAAAA